GCGGCCCCCGGGGAGGUCGGCGGCGGCGCCGCAGUCGUGGAGGGGCGGUGGGAGCGUAAGCGGCCGCGGGCGACGCAAGUUCCGCACGGGGCUCUCUUUUCCUCGUCUCACGCUUCUCCUUCCUCUCGCAUAGUCGCGUGCUGCCUCCCCACGGCGGCUCUUCACGACAAGAGCUUUCGGAGUGUGGUUGCUGAGGAGAAGCCAUCGCCAGCUCGUCUUGGGGCCGAGUGAGGGUGCCUGUCGCACCGCGUCGCCCCCUGCGCUGCCUCCUUGCCCCCAGUGGUGGGCGCCCUUCUCGUUCGAAGCACUCCCCCCAGCUCCAUGAAUGGAAAUCGGCUCCGCAGGACCCGUUGGGGCCCAGCCCCUACUCAUGGUGCCCAGAAGACCUGGCUAUGGCACCAUGGGCAAACCCAUUAAAUUGCUGGCUAACUGUUUUCAAGUUGAAAUCCCAAAGAUUGAUGUCUACCUCUAUGAGGUAGAUAUUAAACCAGACAAGUGUCCUAGGAGAGUGAACAGGGAGGUGGUUGACUCAAUGGUUCAGCAUUUUAAAGUGACUAUAUUUGGGGACCGUAGACCAGUUUAUGAUGGAAAAAGAAGCCUUUACACAGCCAAUCCACUUCCUGUGGCAACUACUGGGGUAGAUUUAGAUGUUACUUUACCUGGGGAAGGUGGAAAAGAUCGACCUUUCAAGGUGUCGAUUAAAUUUGUCUCUCGAGUGAGUUGGCACCUACUACACGAAGUACUGACAGGACGGACCUUGCCUGAGCCACUGGAAUUAGACAAGCCAAUCAGCACUAAUCCUGUCCAUGCCGUUGAUGUGGUGCUACGACAUCUGCCCUCCAUGAAAUAUACGCCUGUGGGGCGUUCCUUUUUCUCAGCUCCAGAAGGAUAUGACCACCCUCUGGGAGGGGGCAGGGAAGUAUGGUUUGGAUUCCAUCAAUCUGUUCGACCUGCCAUGUGGAAAAUGAUGCUUAAUAUUGAUGUUUCUGCCACUGCCUUCUACAAAGCACAACCUGUAAUUCAGUUCAUGUGUGAAGUUCUUGACAUUCAUAAUAUUGAUGAGCAACCAAGACCUCUGACUGAUUCUCAUCGAGUAAAAUUCACCAAAGAGAUAAAAGGUCUGAAGGUUGAAGUGACUCAUUGUGGAACAAUGAGACGGAAAUACCGUGUUUGUAAUGUAACAAGAAGGCCUGCCAGUCAUCAAACCUUUCCUUUACAGUUAGAAAAUGGCCAAACUGUGGAGAGAACAGUAGCACAGUAUUUUAGAGAAAAGUAUACUCUUCAGCUGAAGUACCCACAUCUUCCUUGUCUGCAAGUGGGGCAGGAACAGAAACAUACCUACCUGCCACUAGAAGUCUGUAAUAUUGUGGCAGGGCAACGAUGUAUCAAGAAGCUAACGGACAAUCAGACUUCCACUAUGAUCAAAGCAACAGCAAGAUCUGCGCCAGAUAGACAAGAGGAAAUUAGCAGAUUGGUAAGAAGUGCAAAUUAUGAAACAGAUCCAUUUGUUCAGGAGUUUCAAUUUAAAGUUCGGGAUGAAAUGGCCCACGUAACCGGACGUGUACUUCCAGCACCUAUGCUGCAGUAUGGAGGACGGAAUCGGACAGUAGCAACACCAAGCCAUGGAGUAUGGGACAUGCGGGGGAAGCAAUUUCACACAGGAGUUGAGAUAAAAAUGUGGGCUAUAGCUUGUUUUGCCACGCAGAGGCAGUGCAGAGAAGAAAUACUGAAGGGUUUCACGGACCAGCUACGUAAGAUUUCUAAAGAUGCAGGGAUGCCCAUCCAGGGCCAGCCUUGCUUCUGCAAAUACGCGCAGGGGGCAGACAGCGUGGAGCCCAUGUUCCGGCAUCUCAAGAACACCUACUCUGGGCUACAGCUCAUUAUUGUCAUCCUGCCAGGAAAGACACCAGUGUAUGCGGAAGUAAAACGCGUAGGAGAUACACUUUUGGGUAUGGCCACACAGUGUGUCCAAGUCAAGAAUGUAAUAAAAACAUCCCCUCAAACUCUCUCAAACCUGUGCCUAAAGAUAAAUGUUAAACUCGGAGGGAUCAAUAAUAUUCUUGUACCUCAUCAAAGACCUUCUGUGUUCCAGCAACCAGUGAUCUUUUUGGGAGCAGACGUCACUCAUCCACCAGCUGGUGAUGGGAAGAAGCCUUCGAUUGCUGCUGUUGUAGGUAGUAUGGAUGCCCACCCAAGCAGAUACUGUGCCACAGUAAGGGUUCAGAGACCCCGACAGGAGAUCAUCCAGGACUUGGCCUCCAUGGUUCGAGAACUUCUCAUUCAGUUUUAUAAAUCAACUCGGUUCAAACCUACUCGUAUCAUCUUUUAUCGGGAUGGUGUUUCAGAAGGACAGUUUAGGCAGGUAUUAUAUUAUGAACUACUAGCAAUUCGAGAAGCCUGCAUCAGUUUGGAGAAAGACUAUCAACCUGGAAUAACCUACAUUGUAGUUCAGAAGAGACAUCACACUCGAUUAUUUUGUGCUGACAGGACAGAAAGGGUUGGAAGAAGUGGCAAUAUCCCAGCUGGAACAACAGUUGAUACAGAUAUUACACACCCGUAUGAGUUUGAUUUUUACCUCUGUAGCCAUGCUGGAAUACAGGGUACCAGCCGUCCUUCACACUAUCAUGUUUUAUGGGAUGAUAACUGCUUUACUGCAGAUGAACUUCAGCUGCUAACUUACCAGCUCUGCCACACUUAUGUGCGCUGUACACGAUCUGUUUCUAUACCUGCACCAGCGUAUUAUGCUCACCUAGUGGCAUUCAGAGCCAGAUAUCAUCUCGUGGACAAAGAACAUGACAGUGCUGAAGGAAGUCACGUUUCAGGACAGAGCAACGGACGAGAUCCACAAGCUCUUGCCAAGGCUGUACAGAUUCACCAAGAUACCUUACGCACAAUGUACUUUGCUUAAAAAGUCCAAGAAUAUUCUCUGAGAGGAAGAACUGAAAGAUGCAUCGACAUACAGCAUAUGUUUCCAGUGGAGUCAGUUGAGUGGGGAUGCCUCCAGCCAUACAGCAACCAACACUGUGUGGGGACCAGGGUCUGAUUUUUAUGUUGAUACAAGGAAGAUUGUUUACUUCAUCAAGGAACACAGCACCAUUAUGCAAUAUGAAACCAGCCAACUGCUUUUUUGUGCGGUCUCCUUAGGAAGUAUCGCCAUUGUUUUGUUUUCACUUUCUUGUAGUCUAACCCUUUUAAUGCCUUUACCUCAAGUUGCUUGGCAGCACAACUAUCUUUGCAAAAAAAAGUAAAGAAAAAGUAAAUGACAGUUUAAAAAAAACACACACCUAUAUGAAUAAUCAAAGUGAUUGUUCACAAUUAUGUGUGCAAAAAAAUUAAUGUGCAUUCGUGUAUUCUUGUAAAAGGUAUCUGUGUAUAUUUUAAAUAUAUACAUGUAUACUUCAUAUGCAUAUAUAUCUGGAUCUACAUUGAUAAUAGAUAUAUAUGUGUUUGUGCGUGUAUUUUAUAGGUCAUUCCUUUGGGGAACUUUCUUUCCCUUUUAUUAUCUUACCAACACCACUUUGAUUUUUCUCUCUACCUCCCUUUCCUUCAUCUCCUACAUUUUUUUUUCCUAAUGCUACCAGUGACAUUCAGAUGUUCAUGUAUCUGGUUCAUUUGGAUAUGAAGCAUGGCAAACUAGAUUUUUACUUUUAUUUUGCACACCCUACUCCGGUCUCUUGUCUCAUACACAAUUCCAAGUCCUCAACUCUUGAUACUGCUUUCUUAAGAAACAAAAUUAAUAUAUAUAUAUAUAUGUAAUUAUAUAUAUAUAUAUAAUGUUUCUGUGAGAGUGUGUGUCUGCCCCCUCCUGCUCUGAAUUUACAUUUGCCAUUUGUACAAUGUGUACAUAAGCAGUAGCAGCCUUAAACUAUUAUUUUUCUUUAGUUUGUUAAAGCUGCUAUGAAUAUAAAACCUUGUCAAAAGUUGUAACUCAGAAAUUCCUCUCUAUAAGUGAUAUGUAUUCUAAAUUUAGCCUUCUGUUUCUAUGCGUUAUACAUUAAAAUCCCUUGUAGCUUUUAUAAAGGGCAAAUAUUCUAAACAAUUGGAAUUCUUUAGGGUUGAGGCCUCUGAAAUUGGGUGGAGAGAGAGAGAAGGGGUUGUUGAGGGUUUUUUUAUUAUUUUUUUUUUUUUGCUAGUUUACUUGCUGCCUCUCAUACCUUAAUGUGAUUUUCAUAUAUAUAUAUUUUUAUAUAUAUGUGUAUAUAUAAACAUAUAUGUGUGUGUUUUGAAGUAUAGCUUCUUUUCUUUUCUAUUUAUUAGAAUAGUGCUUUAAUAGAGAACUGUAUUGGCAACAUCUUUUAUAGAAAUGUAAUCAUGUUUAUUUUAAGAACUGACAACUUUUUUUUUUUGCUGUCUUUUAGUGCAAUAAGUAGUUUUAAAGGAAAGCUGUGUCUGUUUGAUAUCUUUACCACGGACAGUGGGAGAAACAGGCACCUCCAUAAUUUUAAAAGGGCAAAGUAAUACAGCCUUAAUUUCAGAAGGAAAGUUUUAUAAUUUUUCAAGUUUAAAGCCUGUCUUUUAAAAAUCAUAAUGAAAAUGAAGGAAGUUAAAUUUCCUAAGUGAGUCUGACCUUGAAUAUUAAAGAUAGAGUUGAGCUUUGAUUUAAGAAAUGACAGUGAGUAGGGGCGCCUGGCUGGCUCAGUGGCUAGAGCUCGCGACUAGAUCUCGGGGUUGUGAGUUCAAGCCCCACAUUGGACGUGGAGCCUACUUAAAAAAAAAAAAAGAAAAGAAAGAAAAGAAAAGCCCGUGAAUAGCUUAAGAUUUGGAAGACAUUUACUUCUUUGAAAAUAGAUCACGUUUAUUGAACAAUCAUACUGGGUUAGGUGCCCAUUUUCAUUUACUCAAAUGAAUCAGGAAAAUAUAAAAUGAUAUUUUUAAAACAUUUUUUGCCAGUUUAUCAGCAGUGUAACUUUCCUUUUAAAAUUAGGGUUAUGGUGGCAAAGGAAUUAGGACUUUGAUCAUUUUAAGUUAAAUCACUGAAAUGUGGAAAAAGUUUUACAAAACUUCUGUUUUAUUGAUUUCACUUUACGAUAUUAAAAAGUAUUAUAGAGCUGUCAAAAUUGAGUUCAUCAGUAACAUUGGAUUCAGGGGAGCGUUGCACUUUGUGACUCAUGAAAAUUGCAUUUUAAUUUUCUUUUUUUUCUUUUUUGCACUGGUUCAGAGUGUAGAUACUACGGAUUGUUUCCAGUGGGCAUUGUUAAUCCUUUCAGAAUUCCAUCUGCACAUGAUAACAAAUGGAUUAGCUCUUUAGUUUCUCUCUUACCUGUAAUCCACUCUUAUUGCCAAUUUACUGUAUUUUGAGCCUAAAAUCUGAGCCCAUGUCCUCCAACAGGUAUGAAAUCUUUCGUUCCUCUGCCAGAAAACUAAGAAAGUACUGUAUUUUGUAUGUUUAUUAUUGAAGUGUCUGAAAUGCAAUUUACAACACUGUUUCAAAGCUCUUUACAUGAAGUAAUAUUUGUAUAGUAUAUAUAUUUUUUCUCCCAACCCUCCCCCUCUCCUCCAAAAAUUUCCUAUAAAGCAUGUAUUUUUUUUUUAACAUUGAAAUUUCACUGAAUAUAGUCAGGAACAUGAAUAGAAGAAAAUAGUAUACCCUAGAUGCUAAAACCUUGAUUGCUGUAUGCUUUCUCAGUAUGAGUAAAACACCUUCCUUUACCAGUAGAAGUUACACAGACUUAAUGUGGGAAACUGUAGGGCCCAGGAAAGAACUGUAGAUACCUUUUCUCUACUGCUUCACCUAAUUUUCAGUUAUUUAGUUUCCAUGUGCUAGAAUGAAGCCCAUAAUUUAAAUCUAUUUAGGACUUUACUGAGGAAAAACAAUUUUUUAAAUAUAAAGCUUUACCUUUAAAAGUGAGUUCUUUUUUAGGGUUUCUUUCUUACAGUUUCACAUUGCUAGUUUAAGGUUGGUUAACUUGAAAGGAUAUGUAUAGUAUAUUUUGCUUACUAACAAAUUGGUAUAUCAAACUUAAUUAAAAGAAGCCUUGUGCUUAGAAUUUAAAAGACCAGGUGGCAAAUACUUUUUGAAAUUUGUUUUAAUUAUUCACUUCUGGUGUAGAAUUCCUGAUCUUUUUUUAUUAAAAAAAUUUUUUUUAAGAUUGUUUUGAAUUUAAAGGUCAUGAAACUCAACAAUGACCUUUCUGUUCCUGCCUUUGCUCACUAAACUAUAUAAUGAAUGCUAAAUUUUGGUCUGCUGUUUUCUAUGAUGCAUAAGAGUGACUUUAAAAUAUCAGUCCCAGCCACUGGUAUAAUUGAUUUUCAUGUGAAGAAGAGUUGGGAGUUUAAUGUAUAUUCUGUAUGGCAAAUGUGUCUGGGUAAAGUGCUGAUAUAUGUUAUUACAGUAUCAAGUUAUUGGCAUUGAGGACCAUACAUUCAUAAUACUGUAGCUGCUAUAUUUAUUUAAUUAUGAAGAGUCUGAUAGUUACUGCACUAAAGGUUAAGGAGAUGAGCAGGAUUGGAGGCUAGUGUUAGACACCCCCCCUUUUUUUUUCCUAAAUAAGAUUAAGAACAUGAAAUAACAAGGUAACAAAGGGUGCUGCCAUUUUAGUUUCAAUUUAAUAUUAGGAUACUGUUUUAGACAUGUGGAUUUUUACUUUAGUGGUUUCGCAAAAGGGUACCUCAAUCUCCUCAGUACUGGUUUUUGGCAUAUUUUCACAGAAGUACAAAUGCCCUUUAUUUUUUAAUAUUUUACCUUUUAACAAGUUACUCAGAAAAAAAAAAGUUCUUCUCUGGAAAUAUACCUGUUCGUAAUCUAUUAAUUUAUUUCUCUUCUUAGAAGAGUCUAGAAGGGAUUCUAGUAGGAAUGUACCGGGUGUUGUGGAAGGCACUUGAUAAAAAUUCAUCUCUACCUUCUAGCAUAGGGACUCCUAGCCUUCUAAAGACUCAUACUAGUUUUCCAAACUAGGUUCUCUGAUGACCCACCACUGCCUAAUGUUUACUUGUAUAUUUUGUAACGGAUUUUAGUAUGACGGACAGCAUGAUAGGCUUAGUCAUGACAGACUUAAAUAAAAUCUGAGUUGCCAUUCAGUAGAAAUGGCUGGCAGAGGAUCUCAGUGUUUAAGGAAAAGGUCAACACUCAGAGUGCCAGUAAUAGAUCUGAAGUAAUUAGAUGGAUUAUAGGCCAGGAAUUAAAGACCGUUGUUAACGGAAUUUGGUGUUUUCAGAGGCUAACAUGAAUUUGCGAAGGGUGGUGAUUUUUAUGAAUUCCAUCAAGCUAGCCACUUGGAUUCAGCUAGAAUAUUCUGUAGUCUUGCUAUUUCAAACUUGAUAGAAAUAUUUUGCCAAAAAGCUUAACUGAUAACUCUGUAUAAUUUUUAUUUGGUAUCAUUAAACCUAAGUUAAAUAUUUGGUUAAAUCAUCUCUUAGAUGUUCUCCUACUGAGUAUUUUUUAAAGACAGGUUGCUCCUAUUAGUAACUUGCUACUUAAAUUAUCUUUUGUGAGUUAUCAGUCAAGCUGCAAAAAGACAUCAUUGGCUUGGCAUCUUUAUUUUGCUUUUUUUAUCCAUACAAAGUUUUAACCCUUUUCAUUCUUCUUGAGAAUUCAUGGAUGUCUUAAAGCUUCAAUAAUAAUAGUUGGGAGACUUUAUAUUUAUCAAGUGAGGCCUCCCUGAGUGGCAGUAUAACCCUGACUCUAGAGUCUGUCUUUAUUUUCCUAUAUCCCUCCCAUUUGAUCAUAUAAAGCACUUUCAUGAUUCUGUAGGAGUCAAAUAAGCCAAGAAUAGAUGUAUAAAAUCAGUACAGAAAUGUGAAAGUUUUCUCCAAAAAAUCUUUUUAAAAAAAAUUUCUGCUUGUACUAAGAACAUUCUUGAUCAGUGACAGUGUUAGAAAUGAUACCAUGAUUGUGAAACCUAAGCUGACCCUCAGGAGGAAAAAAUUGAAUCUCUCUGUCCCCCUCUCACUCCCUCUCUCUUUUUAUAGAUAUCUCAAAGGGAAAAAAUAUUUUUUGAAUUUUUCCUACUUUAAAAAUGGUACGUUUUAGUUUAUAAUUUUCCAUGUCGGUCAAAAUAAUUUUUUUUAACUAAUGUAAAAUGGUCAAGGCUUGUGCUAAUACUAUCUACUGCUAGCUGAAUUUUAUUUUUCUUUACCCAGCAAAGAUAGUACUCUAGAUUUUUACAGUGUUCAUUAAACCUCAAGAAUCUAAUGUUCUUAAAGUAUGGAAACUUAAAGAUUUUAAUUUGAAUUAAAAAUAGAUAAUAAAUUUAAUAUGGAAGGUUGAGAUUUACCAAUAAGAAACCCUGUUGAAGUAUCAGCUAACAGAGAGUGUGACAAAAUUAAGAUCCUGUUAAUUGAUCUGUCCAGCCAUUGGUCUCCCUUCCUUUUUGAAAUCAACGUCUGAAACAACCAAAACCUAAUGUAUCUAUGUUAGGGUCUCAGUAAAGCAAAGAUAUUCUUCAGGGUAGAGCUAAAUUAAAUUUUUAAAUCAUUUUUUAAAGCAAGGCGGUUCUUAGAAAGUGCCUUUUCAGAAGAUGGUGCUGUAGAUUUUUAUUUUUCAAAUAGCACGAGACUAAAAAUUUAAAAGAUAAAUUAUUUUAGAACUCCAAGAGUGUGACAGUUUCAUAAUAAUGUUAUUUGUUGUCCUGAAUCUGGUCCAAGGGAACCAAGUAAAGGUUUUAUUCAGUAAAGCAUCUAGGUAAAUGCUCACCAAAUGUAUUUUGUAAGUUCAAAAAGUAAAUUUUAAACAAUUAACCCUUUCAGUUCUCAGCUGUGUUGAAGGUAAUCUGUAAGGCACAUAAAACAGCAAAUCUGCUAAACUUUUUAACAAGAGUAUAGGUAUGGUAGCAAGUGCCCAAAGGGGAAGGUAACUUGCCAGGAAAUUGUAUGUCAUAGACUACCUUUCUUUUUUCUUUUUCUUUUUUAAGCAUAGAUUGACCCUUCUGUAAAUAUCUAUUGGCAUCCUUUUCUAAUUAAUAUUUAUUAAAGAAGACUGCUUAUAUAUAAAAGGAGAGCCAAGUCAUCAUGGAAAUUAGUUUAAGAGAACAAGUAAAGUGAUUUUAUCUCUAUCUUUAGGGAAAGAUUAAGUGAUUCUUUUUUUCUACCAUGGGGGAAACUAUGAAAAAUGAUGACAGUGCAUCUAAAAAGGGUAUGGUCAGUUAAUUAGAAAUGCAACAUGCAAAAUUGGGCUUUGGAGGAAAUAAGCAAUAUGAAGGGUAAUAGCAGAACCAUUCAUACUUAUUAGAAAUGUAGCAAUCUACCAGAAAGCAGUUUUCCCCUGGACUGUUUACUAGUACUAGUAAACAGCAGUAAAUGAUCACCUAACCAGUUCUUGUGAAUUUGGUGAGCAUUUCUCCAGAAAAGAAUAGACUAAAAACAAAAAACACCACACCUCAGUAACCUUGUAUGCUGCAUUAUGUAAUAAAUGAUAGUAAAAUUAUAUCGAUUGUUUGGAGUGUACUGUGUCUGCAAAUAUACGUGCACAUUAAACUUUUUCAUUUUUUAUAAUGU